CCAGCAGCAACAACCGUGCCCACCACCGCCACCCGCUCUUUCCUCCAGCCCCAGCGGCACGUUGGGAGUUUAUUCUCCUCAAGCAGUUUCUUCCCGCUGAGGGUAGGGGUUGGGGCUGGGUUGCCUUUUUAUUUUAUUUUUGAUGGAGAGGGAAGCGGGGGUUUAAGCAGCUCGCGCGCCAAGAUGUUGCUCAGGCGUCCCUCUUAUGGAAGUUAAGGGAAACAACUCCGCAGCUUGAAGUGAUUUUGAGGAGGUUGGGGGGGAAGAGGAAGAGGAAGAAAAUGAGAAGCAGAAGAGUUAAGCCAAGCCCAUGAUUUCGCUCCCUCCUUCCCCGCCUUUUCCUCAGAGCGCCGAGAACUUUGAGCGAGGUGGUGGCGGCGGGAGGGGACGCACUUUCUAGGAAUCGUAUCUGCUUUCAAAGUCUCUCUCGUCUGCCGAAGAAAUCCCCGGGCUCUGGAUUGCAAUGGAGAGUCUUAGCCACACUUGAACAAUUCCUCUGCCUCCGCUGGAUUGGUGGGAAUUUCGGAAGCGGAGCCAGCUCUCCCUCGCUUUCCCCCUCGCGCUGCUAAUCUGCAUGGAGCUCAAAGUGUCCCAUUCAAGCCUCUUUCUCGCCGCUGCUCUCCAGGCUCCUUCCACGUAUCCUUAGGUUGUAGGAGAAUCUCAACUUUUGGGACUACAUUACUCCCCCCCCCCCUAUUUUUCUCUCUCUCUCCCUGGAAUUGGAUUGCCUUUGAAUAUGUUAAAAUGGGGCUGCUGACGCCACUCCUGCUGCUUGGAUUUGUCUCUUUUCAAGUUGAUGGAUCUCGUCUUCGCCAGGAGGACUUUCCACCUCGAAUUGUAGAGCAUCCGUCAGAUGUAAUCGUUUCUAAAGGAGAGCCAACGACUCUGAACUGCAAAGCUGAAGGAAGGCCAACUCCCACUAUUGAGUGGUAUAAAGAUGGAGAGCGUGUGGAGACUGACAAAGAUGAUCCCCGCUCACACCGCAUGCUGCUCCCUAGUGGAUCUUUAUUUUUCUUACGAAUUGUACAUGGACGCAGGAGUAAACCAGAUGAAGGAAGUUAUGUAUGUGUUGCAAGGAACUAUCUAGGAGAAGCUGUGAGUCGUAAUGCUUCGCUGGAAGUAGCACUACUACGGGAUGAUUUCCGACAAAAUCCAACAGACGUUGUUGUGGCAGCCGGUGAACCAGCUAUUUUAGAGUGCCAGCCUCCUCGGGGACAUCCUGAGCCCACCAUCUACUGGAAAAAAGACAAAAUACGAAUAGAUGACAGAGAAGAGAGAAUCAGUAUAAGAGGUGGAAAGCUUAUGAUUUCGAACACAAGAAAGAGUGAUGCUGGAAUGUACACAUGCGUUGGCACCAAUAUGGUGGGAGAACGGGAUAGUGACCCAGCAGAGCUCACUGUCUUUGAACGACCCACAUUUCUCAGGAGACCGAUCAACCAAGUGGUUUUGGAGGAAGAAGUUGUAGAAUUCAGAUGCCAGGUACAAGGGGAUCCUCAGCCAACAGUGCGUUGGAAGAAAGAUGAUAAUGACUUGCCAAGAGGAAGAUACGACAUCAAAGAUGACUACACCUUGCGAAUUAAAAAGGCGAUGAGCACAGAUGAGGGGACCUAUACAUGCAUAGCAGAGAACAGAGUUGGAAAAGUUGAAGCAUCUGCUACACUAACUGUUCGAGCACCUCCACAGUUUGUGGUAAGGCCACGCGAUCAGAUUGUUGCUCAGGGCCGAACAGUGACCUUUCCAUGUGAAACUAAGGGAAAUCCCCAGCCAGCUGUGUUUUGGCAAAAGGAUGGCAGCCAGAAUCUUCUUUUUCCAAACCAGCCUCUCCAGCCCAACACCAGAUAUUCUGUGUCACCAACAGGGGAUCUCACGAUUACAAAUAUUCAGCGGUCUGAUGCGGGCUACUACAUCUGCCAAGCACUUACCGUUGCUGGAAGCAUUUUAGCGAAGGCUCAGUUGGAAGUUACAGAUGUUUUAACAGACAGGCCGCCACCCAUCAUUCUUCAAGGGCCUGUGAACCAGACAUUGGCAAUAGAUGGAACAGCUUUGCUAAAGUGCAAAGCUACUGGUGACCCCAUGCCUGUUAUCAGCUGGUUAAGAGAAGGAUUCACUUUCCUGGGCAGAGAUCCAAGGGCAUCUAUGCAGGACCAAGGAACCUUGCAAAUCAAACCUUUACGAAUAUCCGACACUGGCACAUACACUUGUGUUGCCACAAGUUCAAGCGGGGAAACAUCUUGGAGUGCUGUGCUAGAUGUGACAGAAUCUGGAGGAGCAGCCGUCAGCAGAAAUUAUGAUUCAAAAGACCUCCCUGGACCACCAUCCAAGCCUCAGGUCAUGGAUGUCACUAAGAAUAGUGUCACCUUGUCUUGGCAGCCAGGCACACCUGGAAACCUCCCAACUAGUGCAUAUAUCAUUGAGGCUUUUAGUCAGUCGGUGAGCAAUAGCUGGCAAACAGUUGCUAACCAUGUAAAAACGACACCUUAUAUUGUGAGAGGACUCCGUCCAAACACCAUCUACCUGUUUAUGGUGAGAGCUAUCAACUCACAAGGUUUGAGUGAUCCCAGCACCAUGUCAGACCCUGUCCGAACACAAGAUAUCAGCCCACCAGCGCAAGGCGUGGAUCACAGGCAGGUGCAAAAAGAGCUUGGCGAUGUCAUUGUGCGGCUUCAUAAUCCUGUUGUGCUAACCCCUACCACUGUCCAAGUGACCUGGACGGUUGAUCGCCAAUCACAAUUUAUUCAAGGUUAUCGAGUCAUAUAUCGCCAAACAUCAGGCCUACCUUCCCCUUCUGCAUGGCAGACCCUAGAGGCCAAAGUUCCCACAGAGCGCAGUGCUGUCCUAGUCAACUUGAAGAAAGGAGUUACUUAUGAAAUUAAAGUUCGGCCAUACUUCAAUGAGUUUCAAGGGAUGGACAGUGAAUCAAAAUCUGCCCGUACCACUGAAGAAGCUCCAAGUGCCCCACCACAAUCUGUUACUGUUCUCACAGUUGGAAACCACAACAGCACCAGUAUAAGUAUUUCCUGGGAUCCUCCACCCCCAGAUCACCAGAAUGGAAUCAUUCAAGAAUACAAGAUCUGGUGCUUGGGUAAUGAAACAAAAUUUCAUAUCAACAAGACUGUAGAUGCAGCCAUUCGAUCUGUUGUGAUUGGAGGCCUGUAUCCAGGUAUUCAAUACAGAAUAGAAGUUGCAGCAAGCACCAGUGCUGGUGUUGGAGUGAAAAGUGAACCUCAACCCAUAAUAAUUGGAAGUCGUAAUGAAGUUGUCAUCACGGAAAACAACAAUAGUAUCACUGAGCAAAUAACAGACGUUGUCAAGCAGCCUGCCUUUAUAGCUGGAAUUGGUGGUGCAUGCUGGGUAAUACUCAUGGGUUUCAGCAUCUGGCUGUACUGGCGCAGAAAGAAGAGGAAGGGCCUCAGCAAUUAUGCAGUUACUUUCCAAAGAGGAGAUGGGGGACUUAUGAGCAAUGGAAGUCGACCAGGCCUGUUAAAUGCAAGUGACCCGAGUUAUCCUUGGCUAGCAGAUUCUUGGCCUGCCACCAGCCUACCUGUAAACAACAGCAGUAGUGGACCAAAUGAUCUUGGAAAUUUUGGACGUGGAGAUGUGCUGCCUCCGGUGCCAGCUCAAGGGGAUAAAACUGCCACAAUGCUUUCUGAUGGAGCCAUUUACAGCAGCAUUGACUUCACUACCAAAACUAGUUACAACAGUUCCAGCCAAAUAACACAGGCUACCCCAUACGCCACAACACAAAUACUGCAUUCCAACAGCAUUCACGAGUUGGCAGUUGAUUUACCAGAUCCUCAGUGGAAAAGUUCGAUUCAGCAAAAAAGUGACCUAAUGGGAUUUGGUUAUUCUCUACCUGAUCAGAGCAAAGGAAACAAUGCCUUACUUUACAUCCCUGACUACCGAUUGGCUGAGGGAUUGUCUAAUAGAAUGCCACACAACCAGUCACAGGAUUUCAGCACCACCAGCUCUCACAACAGCUCAGAAAGAAGUGGCAGCCUCUCAGGUGGGAAAGGAGGGAAGAAAAAGAAAAACAAAAACAAUUCCAAACCUCAGAAAAAUAAUGGGUCUAACUGGGCCAGCAUUCCACUCCCACCCCCUCCAAUACAGCCUCUUCCAGGCACAGAGCUAGAACACUAUGGUGUGGAUCAGCAAGAAGGAGGGUAUGACAGCGAUGGUUGGUGCCCACCUUUACCAGUCCAGACAUAUUUGCAUCAGGGAAUGGAGGAUGAGCUUGAAGAGGAAGAUGAUAGAGUUCCUACACCUCCUGUUCGAGGAGUGGCCUCUUCCCCAGCAAUCUCCUUUGGGCAGCAGUCCACUGCCACGCUCACGCCCUCUCCACGGGAGGAGAUGCAACCUAUGCUUCAAGCCCAUCUUGAUGAACUUACCAGGGCCUAUCAGUUUGAUAUAGCAAAGCAAACAUGGCACAUUCAAAGCAAUACUCAGCCACCCCAGACUCCACUUCCACCAUUAGGAUAUGUGUCUGGAUCUCUAAUAUCAGAUUUGGAAACAGAUAUUCCUGAGGAUGAAGAUGAGGAUGAGGAUGACAUUGAAGAAGCUUUAGAAAUCACAAGACCACUAAGAGGACUAGAGCAUACUCCAGGUUCUAGCAUGGACAAUCUAGACAGCUCAGUGACAGGUUCACUUGUAAAUGGAUGGGGUUCUGCGUCUGAUGAGGACCGUAACUUUUCUAGUCAUAGAUCUAGUGUAGGUAGCUCCUCAGAUGACUCCAUCUUUACCAGCGGCAGUUUUGCACAAGCUCUGGUUGCAGCAGCAGAUAAAGCUGGGUUUAGGCUGGAUGGAACCAGCCUAUCAAGAACAGGCAAACCAUAUUCCUCUUCCCAGAGGCCUCGGCCAACCAGCCCCUUUUCUACUGACAGCAACACCAGUGCAGCUCAGAGUCAGAGGCCUAGGCCUACCAAAAAACACAAGGGAGGCCGAGUGGACCAGCCUCCAUUGCCUCACCGUAGAGAAGGAAUGACAGAUGAUCUUCCACCACCGCCAGACCCACCCCCUGGUCAGGGUUUAAGGCAGCAGAUAGGCCCUGGCCAACGUGGAGGUUCGACAGAGAGAAAAGGAAGCUCUCUAGAACGACAGCAUACAUCCAGCAUAGAUGAAACAAAGAGCUCUUUGGAUCGUCAAGCUAGAACGUCACUAGAGUGGCAGCGGCAAACCCAGGAAUGGAUAAGCUCCACAGAACUUCAAAGCCAGCAAAAACAAGCAUUUGGAUCAGAAGAGGCACUGGUGCCAUAUAGCAAGCCUAGUUUCCCAUCCCCAGGUGGACAUAGCUCUUCAGGUACAGCCUCUUCUAAAGGAUCAACUGGACCCAGAAAAGGCGAGGUCAUGCGGGGAGGUCACCAACGCAACACCAGUGAUCUCAUUGACGUAGGAUAUGUUGGAUCAAGCAGUCAAGGACAGUUUUCUGGCGAAUUAUAGUAGUUGGAACAGAAACAUCUCAAGCUGCUCUCAAGGGCCAUCAAGGUAUGAACUCAUGGAAGUGAUGACACUAAAACAGUGCAAUGAACAUUUUCUUUAUUUAUGUACUUACUUAUUAAAAGAACUGUAAAUGCAAUGUAAAGACACACAGCCACACAUAUCCCACAGAUACUCUACCUGUGUUCUUCUCUAUACUACACCUUCCACCUUAAUCUAUUUCUUAUCAAACAUAUAUAAAGAAGAGAAAAAGAUCACCCUGCAGGAUGAAACAGUUCCCUUGUAUAUAAUUUCUUUUUAUUGCAUUGCUAUGCAAGCUCACCUUCUUUUUAGCUAUGUUCAUAUUAUUGUCUGUUCUUAUUGGUCUGUUGUAUUAUAUGUGAAUUAAUAGGCUGUGGUGCCAUAUAAUAACUUUUAAUUGUGUAACUUUUUAUGUUUAAAGUUUGCACUGCAAUUUUUUUUUGUUGGUGAUAAGCACAAAACUCUUACUCCUCGUGACAUGAAGAAGAAGAAGAAAAUAAAAGUCUGAAUGUGAAAGGAGUCUAUGUACUGUAAGCUAUGUUGGAUAAUGCUGGAUGUAAUGAAUUAUGUUAGGUGGUUUUCCAUUGGGUGUAGAAUUAGGAAGAUGACUGGCAAACUGAUGUUAGCAAAGGCUUAUUGGGGCAUCAGGGAUGGAAUCCUAUAUGAAAUAAUAAGCAAUGUGUUGCUUUUACCAUUAAAAAAGGGGUCAAAUGAUGGAAGUGUGAGUUUCAAGACCAGACGAGAACACAAAAGCCUCCUCUCUUCUUAGUAUCAGUUUUCCUUUGUUCAACACAGUUGAUCUUGCUAACAAAGGAAGGAAGUUAAGGUGUUUCACUAAAGCUAUUCUUUAAUACUAUAGUUUUAAAAAUUACUAUGCUUGAGUCACUCUCCCCUCCAGGAAACAUGAACCAUAUGAGCUAGGAAUAUCUAGCAAGACUUAAAGGUGCAAUUUAUGAUUGAGAUAUCCAAGCUGCUUCCAAAAAAGCUAGACUAUCUUAGUUCAUCUUUCCAAUACAUGUACAGUACGAUGGAAGGUGUAGAGCUGCAUCACUUGAAAUCCAUAGCAUAAUUGUUUUUAUGCAUUCUAAACAUAUUUUUGUGUUGUAUUAUCUAAAAUUGUCACAAACUGCAACCCAAUUCAUUUGUACCUUAAAUCUUGGGUUACAAUGUUUGAAAAGAAAACAAUGGUAAAUUUAUGAUCGGUUUUGAAUUUAAUGUGUCUUUUGCCAAUUCAGUACAUUAUUGGAAACUGGAUAGAAACAAAGAAAAGAAAACAUCUUUGACCUAUUUUUGAUGAGUAAAUUUCAAGCCUCUUCUUAUGAAAACAUGAUGCAUGUUUAUACACUUUUUCAAUAAACCAAACUCUCUGUAAGUGGACAUUAACAAAAGCAUCCUGUCUCAUCAUUAGUUCUCAUGUUUUUCUCCAACUCCUCUACAGUAUUUUUAUUUCUCUGUUAGAAAUACUGUAAAUGUAUAUCAAAUGCAUUAAAUAUUUUGUUUGAAGUUUACAUCACAGAGCUUAUGUCAUUCAAUCACAUCAUUAUUACACACUUGCAUUUAAACACGUUUUACUUACAAUCAGUCCAUGUUGUUUUAAUACUUUGCCUUGGCUCUCACACUGUUGUAAGUGACAUAUACUUUCAGGAAAAAAAAUCUGCUAGCUAUAUGCUGCUUUUUAUUACAUUGCAUUUAGAUUGCUGAUAAGAUAAAACAUUGUCAUUACCAAUUCUAAAUCAGCACUGCAAAUAUAAAAUCUCAUUUUUGUAACGUCAGGGCAUUGGCAAACCAAAAAAAAACCCACCCCCAUCAAAUCAAGGAUAAAUAUUUUGUGUGUGUCUGUGACCAAGGAAUUUAUGUAAUGUUCUUGCUUAUUGAAAUGCUGGAUAUAGUUAAAGCCAUUAUUUUAUAAAUGUACAGAAAUAUUCAACAAAUGUAUAAAAACUGACAUUUCUUUUCCCUUUCCUAAAUUCAGUAUGUUAAUGUGUUGGCACCAUGUUCCAGCAAUAGUAUUCUGGGUACAAACUUUGUUUUCUGUACACAGAUCCAUGUAAUGAAGACACAAUAAGCUGCUACUAAGGAGAGAAACUCCACAUCUCUAGCAACCUAUCUCAGCACCUGACACAGCUGUAUCUGCACUGGAGCAGAGUCUCCAUGCCCCAACCCCCAAAUCAGAUAGGUGCUAUGCUAGAGAACUGAAUAAAGCACUAAUCCGUUGUUAGGCGGGUAUAUCACCGAGGGGCGUUUGAUUCAGUCUGCAUGCCUCUUUCCCCCUUCUUACUUAAUCUGAUGACCACUGCUGCGAGUUUCCUUCAGAAGCCUUGGACAGCACUGAUCAUACUGGGAUGGAAUGGGAAAAGCCAUUCCUGGACUGAGUCCAGAUGCUCCCUUACCCCAACUCCCAUCUCACCUGAGAUAAGGUAUUUGCUAUCCAGUCAAAAUAGUACGUGCCUCAAUUUUUGCUUCUCUGGAUUGCAAUUUUAUAAAGGAUUCAUAUAACCUUUUUUAAAAAAAUCUACCAGGUGACUUAGAUUUCUAGGCACAUCUUAAGACUUGUGCUGAAACUACAGAACAGUAAUUAAUUUUCAAAAAUAAGGGCAUCCAAAUGCAAAUUGGUUCCUGAGAUGACACACAGCUGAGACAGUGAUACAUGAUAAUAUCUGGCAUGUGUAGUAGACUGGGUGGAGAAAAAAGAAACUAGAAGUGAUUACUUGAAGCCAUACUAACUGAAUAAAGGGUUUGGAUUUAAAACUGUUUUUCCCCAAUGUAGCUAAGGUGGAUUGCAUGUAGUAUGGUAGCAUGCCACUACUAGCCUAACCAUGCAGCCUAGCCUAACCGCACAUGAUGAGAACAGCCGCAGUGGUAAUUGCACCCAUACUGCUGUUACAGGUACUAUGAAAAGUUGAUCUCAUAACUGAUCUUAUAACAAUAUGUAUAUGGUAGAGUCCUCAGAGUCCUGUUCUACCUUUGAAAAAUAUCAGUUAUCACAAACUUUCUGCAUGUAGGAAAACUUCAAGAGCACAUUGGAACAUUUGCAUUCUAAAGUUGUACAGGCCCCUGAGGACUGUACUACCGGUAUUUGAUCUUCCUUAAUGUUUUAAUUGUCUCUUAGAAACCUGUGCUGAGCUUUGGUGGAACACCUUACUAGUCAAUUUCUUGUCAAAUCUAGUCUGAGUAAAAGUAGCCGUCCCAGGUUCCUUCAUAUAUGUGUCUUCAUCACUUCAGUUGGGAAGUUUUGUGUCAGUAUUAAACCUGUGGAGUACUAGAAUAUCACUGUCUAUUAUAGGCUACUAUAAAGAGGAGUUUUUAUGUAUAACAAAACCCCAUUAUUUCAACAAUGAAGCUUUCUCUUUCUCUCCAUCUCUCUGUCUCUCACCCAUUCAGUGAACCUCAAAUAAUCACAGAACAUAUUUUUUAAAAAUGUAAUGUAAUUUAACAUUUUUUUAAAAGAACUUUUUUUCCUUUUUAUAAUUGAAAAUAUUUCUUGUGCAUAAUGUGUCUUAAGGAAGGGGUGUAGUGGCAACACUUAGAACUGUUUUCUACAUUUUUUUAUAAAAUUGUUCAUUGACAACAGUUUGUUCAGUCACAAAAAAAUAAUAAUUAUGACCUCUUAAUGUGUUUCAUGUGUUAGUGAAGCAAAGUUUAAUGGGCAUAAAGUUGGUUAAUCGUAAUGUUCAGUGUGUAUUGUAUAUUUACUGGGGGGAAAUAAAACUUACACAUUUCAAACCUAUGUUAAAGAAACUUGAAUUUAGCACUAUCACUACAUGAUGACUGUAUAAACCUGAACUGGGAGCAAUCAAGUAAUUAUAAAACAUGCUGUGCUUUUUCUUCCGUGACACUCCACUUCCAGGUAGACUGGUCUUACAAAGUCCUGUUGUGGUUUUCUAAACUCUCCAAAAUGUCAUUAACCUCACUGAUGUUCCACGGUAAGCAAAAAAAAUAAGGAAAUUGGACCAUGUUACAAAACUCAUUAACAAAAUCCAUAAACAUGACAAAAGAGUUUUUGUACUGUCUUUGUAAAUGCUGACCAAGGUGGUGUGAAAAAAUAAGAAAGAUUCGUUUUACUGUGCUUAUUUUAAUCACAUUGUGCUCUCUGUUGGGAAUGUUUCUAGAGAAGAAGUACGGUAAACUAAAAGUGAGCUUCUGGAAUGAUUGCUACAGUAGAGUUGGAAGGGACCAUAAGGACCAUCUAGUCCAGGGGUCAGCAAACCUUUUCAGCAGGGGGCCAGCCCACUGUCCCUCAGACCUUGUGGGUGGCCAGACUAUAUUUUGAAGGAAAAUAAUGAAUUCCUAUGCCCCACAAAUAACCCAGAGAUGCAUUUUAAAUAAAAGCACACAUUCUACUCAUGUAAAAACAAGCUGAUUCCCGGACUGUCUGUGGGCCAGAUUUAGAAGGUGAUCUGGCCGGAUCUGGCCCCCGAGCCUUAGUUUGCCUACCCAUGAUCUAGUCCAACUCCCUGCCAUUCAAGGAUCUUUUUGCCCAAUGUGGGGCUCGAAUCC